UUUAUUUUUAUUUUUGAAAAUGGAUGAUAAUGCAAAAGCAACAAGGUAGUGGGUGGUUUGAGGCAGUCUCCCAUGGAGUUCGUUUCGACCUCUGUCAAUGCUUCUUUUCCCCUUCGUUGCCCAACAAUUUCCGUUUUUCAGGUAUCAAAGUGUAAGUGUUUUUCUCUAUCAGAAUCAAGGUUUUCAUUUUCAUUGACAACACAUAAGAGGAACAAAGUUUGUGAAUUUUCAAUUGGAGUGGUGCCAAAAUUAAGCAACAUUUGUUUUCCUCAAAGUUGGGGUUUUCGGAGGAAAUGUAUCAAAGUAAAACAUGCUUCUUUACUGUUUGUUCGUUUGGUUGCUGGAGUUAUGUUGGUUAUGUCAGUUUCUUUGGCUUCCAACAACUCUUCUUUGGCCCUGACUGAAGAGAAUCUCGUCUUUUUGGAGGCGUGGAGAACAAUUGACCGAGCAUAUAUUGACAAGAGUUUUAAUGGACAGAGUUGGUUCAGGUAUAGAGAAAAUGCAUUGCGCAAUGAACCCAUGAACAACCGGGAAGAGACAUAUACAGCAAUAAGAAAAAUGCUUGCCACAUUGGAUGAUCCCUUCACUAGAUUUCUGGAGCCUGAAAAAUUCAGAAGUUUGAGGUCCGGAACUCAAGGCGCUCUAACUGGAGUAGGGAUAUCAAUAGGCUACCCUACCAAAGCUGACAUGCCAUCUGGUGGACUUGUUGUCAUUUCAGCUUCUCCUGGAGGUCCUGCAUAUAGGGCUGGUAUUUUGUCUGGAGAUGUUAUCCUGACCAUUGAUGAUACAAGCACAGAAAACAUGGGGCUGUAUGAUGCAGCUGAACGCCUACAAGGACCUGACGGAAGCUCUGUUGCAUUGACCAUUCGUAGUGGUGUGGACGUAAAGCAUCUAUCUCUAACGCGAGAGAAAGUUACAGUGAAUCCAGUGAAGUCAAGGCUGUGCAAGUUACCUGCUUCAGGAGAUAAUUCCCCAACAGUUGGUUAUAUAAAAUUAACAUCUUUCAACCAAAACGCAUCUCGUGCUAUCAAAGAAGCAAUCGAAACGUUCAGGAGUAAUAAUGUAAAUGCAUUUGUUUUGGACCUCAGAGAUAAUAGUGGUGGUCUUUUCCCAGAAGGAAUCGAGAUUGCCAAACUUUGGUUGGACAAAGGUGUGAUUGUGUAUAUUUGUGAUAGUCGUGGUGUUAGAGAUAUACUUGAUACAGAUGGAAGUAGUGCCUUAGCAACUUCUGAACCCCUGGCUGUGCUGGUAAACAAGGGAACUGCAAGUGCAAGCGAAAUAUUAGCUGGCGCAUUGAAAGAUAACAAGCGAGCCAUAUUGUACGGAGAGCCAACAUACGGAAAAGGGAAGAUCCAAUCAGUUUUUGAACUCUCGGAUGGCUCGGGACUAGUUGUUACAGUUGCUCGUUACGAGACACCUGCACACACAGAUAUUGACAAGGUCGGUGUCAUUCCUGACCAUCCUCUACCAACAUCAUUUCCUAAGGAUGAAGAUGCAUUUUGCAAAUGCCUCCAGGAUCCUGCUUCUUCUUGUAAUGAUAACAAGGUCCAGCUAUUUUCAAAGUGAUUUUUUUGGCUUCUUUGAGAAAGAUUACCAUUCUUUAACAAAUCAAAAUGAUUUUGGCCUCAUUGAUCAAACAAAGCAAUGUGUUGCAAGUUGCAACAAAUAUUUGGAUACAUAUGAUUAUGAAAGCUAGAGACUGGUAAAGACAAGGAUAGAGAAAACCAAAACAAAUUAACUUGCAAGAAUUGGAAUUGUUCACAAUGAGUUGUGUGUGUGAUUGUUGAUAGCUACAUCUGAAUUCCUUUUAUUCCCUCCAAAAUCAGCAUAAAUUAAAAUGUAAAUAUUGUUUUUUCUUUUCUGAUAUACAAUGCUUGAAGUUCCAACAUUGAAGGAUGAAGGUGUACAAUACUAUAAAAUUUGUUUAGGCAUGGAUUUGAAAA